UUUUGAAUGGCAUCAUCAUCAUCAUCUUCUUCAGUCAAAUUCAUAGAAAAAGCCCUUCUUGCCACCGGUUCCUUUGCUCUGUCCUACACCGAUCCUGAUCAGAAAUGGCUAAUCAGAAAGCAUCUGACUUCAUUCCUCCAAGACUAUCCAAAUUUCGAGCUCUCAACUGAUACUUUCAAUCACAACAACGGAGCCAAAGUUCAACUCUUCUGCCUUGAAGGAUCUCUACGUACUCGAAGCUCCCCAAUACAACUCCCAACCGUGCAAGUAACCAUAUGGAUUCACGAAAACUACCCAUUGACGCCUCCUCUAGUGUUUAUAAACCCUGAUUCGAUUCCAAUUCGCACCAACCACCCAUUCGUCAAUUCUUCAGGAUUCACAAACUCUAGAUACAUCGAGACAUGGGAAUACCCACGAUGCAAUUUACUCGAUUCCAUUCGAAACCUCAGGAAAGUUCUCGCUAAUGAUCACCCAUUUGUACCCACGGAUUCAAUCCCAACCCGGAACCUAUCAAUUUCGAGGAUCGAAGCCUUAGAUCGAUUAGCCACGAGCCUCCACUACGACGUUCUAACAAUUAUGGAGAGAUCAGGAGAAGAGAUUGAAAACCUCUGGAAACUGCAAUCAGAGGUGAAACAAAGAUCCGAAUCGGUUAAAACGAUCAUCACUGAGCUCGAGAACGAGAGAGAGACAUUAAAGGUGAGAGCUUUGAAGCUUAAAGAUGAUUCCAAUGUUUUGGAGGACUGGGCAGAGACGAACUAUCGUAAGCUGACGAAAUCAGCGUCAAUGGAUAUGGGAAUCGAAGAAAUGUUCGAAACUGAACCGGAGGUGGAAGGAAUGGCAGAAGACGACGCCAUUGAAGAUGUGUUGAGGGUACUUGAAGAAGCUGCGGCGAGAGGAGAGUUAGAGAUAGGUUCGUAUCUAAAGCAAGUGAGAGUCUUGGCGAGAGAACAAUUCUGUAUCAGGCAGAAUCGUCUAAAAAUCGAUUUUUCAUAUUUGAGCUCGUUGUGAACCUUUCUUUUGUGUGUAUUGUAUAUAUUGAUUGGAUUUAUCUU